AUGGCGGAGCCGUCCGAGUGGCUCGCGGCCUGGCACGCCGUACAUUGGGUCUGUCUGGGUACGGGCGCUGCGGCCGCGCUCUUCCUGUUGCUGCAUUCAGCUACGUUCCAUCGACUCAAGCGCCGCAUGGCCGAUCUGUUACUGAGCGGCAUUGCACUAGCGGACGUUGGUUUCGUGGGAUUGGAGGCGAUCAAGCAGGCGCUCCACGCAUCCUACUUGGCGCGCUAUCGACGGGAGGACGAGGGCCAAGAGGAAUUGCACUACACGACCGGAGACUUCGUCCUGACGCUUCUGGCGCGCUUCAGCUUCUUCAUGUCGCUUUACUGGAUCGCCAAUCUGUCGCUACUCAUGCGCCUCGGCAAUUUGGAGGCGCUUCACGCCAGAAGGAGUCUACUAUUGUCAUCACUGGCCUCACUGGUGUAUGGGUGUAUGCAUGCACUCCUUCCAACUAUGAGUGGAGAAGACACGACCAAUUCAGGAGCGUACACUGUCACAGCGGUACUGCUAUUAAUCAUGCAAGCCACACCUUUAUUACUCAUUAUGACCAAUCUCCGAGCAGUAAAGAAAUCGAGACUGAAGUCGUCCACUCAGGGACGCAACGUUAUUCGACGCCUUACAGGCUACUGCGUCUGUGCAGCGGUGCUUACAAUGCCCUACGCAAUGGUACUCAUCGUGUCCCAGAGGCUUAUAAGUGUCGGAGCUGUUGCGGAGACGUUGAAUUACUUUGUUCCAGUGGCAAAUGCUCUGUUAUUCGGCACAAGUUUGAGUUGCUGUUGCUGCUGUGCAACGGCAACCGAGACAGCACUCCCCACGCAUGAGGAUAAAGUGCACUUCGAUGAAACUCCAUCAUCGUCAAUAGAUAUUUCCGCUGCUCUAAUGACUGACGGAAGUGGGACGCCUCGAUGUACCGGGUAUACAGCACUAGCCACGCCCGUAGUUUUAGGUGUGCGAGAUGGACUGCUAGCUGGUGGCCCGAUCGCGGAAAUGGUGACGGAAGGACCAGCCGUGAUGAUCGGUGAGGGAUCCAGUGCUGAAGUGUACAAGGCUCAAUGGCUUGGAAUCACCGUCGCACUCAAGUGUCUACGCUUUCGUGCUGGCAGUAGCUCAGAAGCCGAGCUGUACAUGACACACCUGGCUGAGCUACGCACCGAAUUUCUGGAUGAAGCAGUGCUGGCAGCUCAGUUGCGUCACCCGAACAUUACGCUAUUUAUCAAAAUGGGAACCUACAAGGGAAGCUUGUGUCUUGUCAAUGAAUACUGCGCUCGUGGAUCAUUGCGAGAUGUACUUCGUACGAAUCCUUUGAUGGAGUGGAACACAAGAGUUCGUCUGGCUUUCGAAGCGGCUAAAGGUCUGGCCUUUAUGCAUAACCGAGAGCCAAUCUACUUGCACCGCGACCUCAAGGCAUCCAAUAUCCUAGUGACUGCUGACUGGACUGCCAAGAUCGCAGACUUUGGAAUCUCCCGGAUCGCUACGGAUUACACUGUGAAGAAGCAACAGCUUUCGCACAAGUUCUCGAUGCGAUCUCUCCAGUCGCUGCAAUCAAUCGAUGAGAGUGUUGUCAUGAUGGAUAACGCUGCAUCCGAGCUCAUGACAACUUUCGCCGGCACCUGGCGCUGGAACGCACCGGAGAUCAUGAAAAACCCAAACGAGUGUCGCUUUAACCGCGAAACAGACAUGUACAGCUUCGGUGUGGCUCUAUGGGAGAUUCUGACCAACGGAGCUAUUCCCUUUGGCAACGUAGACUUCGAUCAUCAAGUGCGGCAGCUCGUUGCAGCAGGAGAGCGUCCAGCGCUGCCGCCUGCGUACCUGCGACGCGCACCGCCCGAGUUCAUUGAAGUCAUGUGUGCUUGCUGGCAUCAGCGACCGGAGAAGAGACCCAGUGCUCAGGAUGUCAUGUUGCGGCUGGGAUCCUUGUCGUACACGCUGUCCAAUGGCUCGGAGUUCUUCUCGUCGUCGCAGAGCACUCCGCGUUUCGUCUUUAGUGAUAAUUAUUGUCUUGCGAUGGACUCGAACCAGAGUUGUCCAGGAGUGUGGUGA